UUGCAUGGUGGAGAGCGGAGGCUUCUCUUUCUCCUUCCUGCUCCAGACCCUGACAGCUCCAGGGGCAGGGCCCGGGGAUCCGCUCCGGCGGCGGUUGCGGGAGGAGGAGGCAGUGCAAGCAAAAGAGGGAGGAGGGGGGAUACCCAGCUACCCCAACAUGUCCUCCUCUAACAGCCAGCACAGCACCGAUCUGAAAUCCGAGCUCUAUUUCCUCAUUGCCAGAUUCCUAGAAGAUGGACCCUGCCAGCAAGCGGCACAGGUUCUCAUCAGAGAAGUGGAAAAGAAGGAGUUGUUGCCAACGAGGGUAGACUGGACGGGAAAAGAGCAUCCCAGGACUUACCAAAAUUUGGUGAAAUAUUAUCGACAUUUGGCACCGGACCAUUUAGUACAAAUAUGUCGAAGAGUUGGGCCGCUUCUCGAGAAAGAGAUUCCUCAAAGUGUCCCUGGAGUGCUGACACUAUUGGGAGCCGGCCGCCAGUCUCUGCUGCGCACAAAUAAAAGCUGCAAAAAUGUUGUCUGGAAGGGUUCAACCCUUGCCGCUUUACAUUGCGGAAGACCUCCUGAGGCUCCAAUAAAUUUUGGAAGUCCACCAAGCAUAGCGGGCACCAUAUUUGCAAGAAAAUUGAAUGGAAAGUACAAAUAUGAGAACCUUGUCCCAACAGUGGUCUACCAGCACAUGAAAAUGCACAAGAGGAUUUUAGGACACCUCUCUUCUGUAUACUGUGUAACAUUUGACCGAACAGGAAGAAGGAUAUUUACUGGUUCUGAUGAUUGUCUUGUAAAAAUAUGGGCAACGGACGAUGGUCGCCUGCUGGCAACAUUGAGAGGACAUGCUGCUGAAAUCUCCGACAUGGCUGUGAAUUAUGAAAAUACCAUGAUUGCUGCUGGAAGUUGUGACAAGAUGAUUAGAGUUUGGUGUCUGCGAACGUGUGCACCCCUUGCCAUCCUGCAGGGACACAGCGCAUCCAUAACAUCACUACAGUUCUCUCCCUUGUGUAAUGGAUCCAAGAGAUACCUGUCUUCCACUGGGGCAGAUGGCACAAUUUGCUUCUGGCUUUGGGAUGCUGGAACUCUAAAAAUAAACCCCCGUCCUACUAAGUAUACAGAGAGGCCUCGACCAGGUGUCCAGAUGAUCUGUUCAUCGUUUAGCUCUGGUGGAAUGUUUCUGGCCACUGGGAGCACGGACCACAUUAUAAGAGUGUACUAUUUUGGAUCAGGCCAGCCAGAGAAGAUUUCAGAACUUGAGUUUCAUACAGAUAAAGUGGAUAGCAUCCAGUUUUCAAACACCAGUAGUAGGUUUGUAAGCGGGAGCCGAGAUGGCACUGCUCGCAUUUGGCAAUUCAAGAAAAGGGAGUGGAGGAGUAUUUUGUUAGAGAUGGCCACAAGACCUACGGGGCAUAGCUCUCACGGCGUGGAGGACAAGAUCACAAAGUUAAAAGUAACUAUGGUGGCCUGGGAUCGCCAUGACAACUUCGUAAUAACGGCUGUUAAUAACAUGACUUUAAAGGUCUGGAACUCCUACACUGGUCAGCUCAUCCACAUUCUGAUGGGUCACGAGGAUGAAGUUUUUGUGUUAGAAUCGCACCCUUUUGAUCCCCGGGUACUGUUUUCUGCAGGACAUGAUGGAAAUGUCAUAGUCUGGGAUCUAGCACGAGGAGUCAAGAUUCGAUCCUACUUCAAUAUGAUUGAAGGUCAGGGGCAUGGAGCAGUGUUUGACUGUAAAUGCUCCCCCGAUGGUCAACACUUUGCAUGUACGGACUCCCAUGGACAUCUUUUGAUAUUUGGCUUUGGUUCCAGUAGCAAAUAUGAUAAGAUAGCAGACCAGAUGUUUUUUCACAGUGAUUAUCGGCCUCUUAUUCGUGAUGCUAACAAUUAUGUCCUGGACGAGCAAACCCAGCAGGCUCCACACCUCAUGCCUCCUCCAUUUUUGGUAGAUGUUGAUGGUAACCCACAUCCGACACGAUUUCAGCGUCUUGUUCCAGGGCGGGAAAACUGCAGGGAUGAACAACUUAUUCCGCAGAUGGGGGUAACGUCUUCAGGAUUAAAUCAAGUUUUAAGCCAGCAAGCAAACAAUGAAGUGAGCCCUCUGGACAGCUUGAUACAAAGACUGCAGCAAGAGCAAGACCAGAGAUUGAACACAGACUCUGGGAUGGCGAGCUCUAGUCGGAUGAACAGAGCCUCGGUAAGCUCUACUUCUGAAGUGCAUUCACCACCAAAUAUUGGGUUAAGGCGAAGCGGGCAAAUUGAAGGCGUGCGACAGAUGCAUAGCAAUGCCCCAAGGAGUGAAAUGGCCACGGAGCGGGACCUGGUGGCUUGGAGUCGAAGAGUUGUUGUGCCAGAGCUUCCUGUGGGGGUGGCCAGCAAACAGGAAGAAUGGAGAACUGCAAAAGGAGAAGAGGAAAUCAGGUUGUACAAAACAGAAGAGAAAAAGAAAUCCCUUACAAACCAUACUGCAAGAGAGAACAAAGCAACCAUUUAUUCAAAGAACCACUCCCAUGACUUCCAGCUGGAUGCUGGAGAAUCUAAAAAGCAGAAUACAAACCAGCACAGCUAUUGUACUCGUGCUACCCUAGAGGAGUCAGCGGGUCCUGCUGAGGAUUUGGACAAUGAAAACAGUUCCUCUGAUGAAGCAGAUGCUGAAAGUGAGGUAGUGGCUGCUAGUGGGGCAACAUCAGAAGAAGAAGAAGAAAAACCCGAUUGCAACAGUGAUGGCAGUAGCUCCAGUGAUUAUUCAAGCGAUUACUCUGACUGGACAGCAGAUGCUGGAAUUAACUUGCAACCACCAAAGAAAACUCCUAAACACAAGACCAAGAACGUGGAAAGCAGCUCUGAGGAUGAAGAAGGGCCAGACAAAUUUAAGCAAAAGCAAAACAGAAAGGAAAGGAAAAAAGGAAAUGAUGAUAAAGAUGGACCAUCAUCAUCCCCAAAGAAAAGGAAGCCUAAGGAACGGAAACAGAAGAGAUUACCUGUUGGAGAGUUGAGUGACCAAGGCUUGACGUUGGAAGAAUGGCUGCCCUCUGCCUGGAUUACAGACACUGUCCCUAGACGCUGUCCUUUUGUGCCACAAAUGGGUGAUGAGGUGUAUUAUUUCCGGCAAGGCCAUGAAGCCUAUGUUGAAAUGGCAAAAAAGAAUAAAAUCUACCGAAUUAAUGCUAAGAAACAACCGUGGCAUAAGAUGGAACUGAGGGAACAAGAACUCAUGAAAAUUGUUGGAAUUAAGUAUGAAGUGGGGUUGCCUACACUUUGCUGCCUUAAACUUGCCUUCCUGGACCCAGACACUGGUAAAUUGACUGGUGGAGCCUUCACAAUGAAGUAUCAUGACAUGCCUGAUGUGAUUGACUUUCUAGUUCUGCGCCAGCAGUUUGAUGAGGCCAGGCGGAGGCAAUGGAGCAUAGGGGAUCGUUUCCGGUCUGUGAUCGAUGACGCUUGGUGGUUUGGAACCAUUGAGAGCCAGGAACCACUCCAGCAGGAUUACCCUGACAGUCUGUUUCAAUGCUAUAAUGUCUGUUGGGACAAUGGCGAUACUGAGAAGAUGAGUCCUUGGGACAUGGAACUAAUACCUGAUACUGCUGUGUUUCCUGAUGAGUUGGGCAACAGUGUCCCAUUGACUGAAAACGAAGUCCGGUCACUACUAUACAGGACCCUGGAUGGAGAGUGGGGAUGCCGGAGCCGGGAUGAAGAAUGUGAGAGAAUCAUUGCAGCAAUCAACCAGCUUAUGACCCUUGAUAUUGCUUCUGCUUUUGUGGCGCCUGUAGAUCUUCAGGCAUACCCACUGUACAGCACUGUGGUGGCGUACCCAACUGAUCUCAGUACAAUCAAAGAGCGUCUGGAAAACAGAUUUUAUAGGAGGCUUUCAUCGCUAAUGUGGGAGGUCCGAUACAUAGAGCACAACACCCGUACUUUCAAUGAACCGGGAAGCCCAAUUGUGAAGUCUGCCAAAUUUGUUACGGAUGUCUUACUGCAUUUUAUAAAGGACCAAUGUUGCUAUGACAUUAUUCCACCGUAUAACAGUAUGAAGAAGAAGCUGUUGUCAGACUCUGAAGAGGAAGAAGAGAAAGAUACAGAUGUUCCUGGAACCUCCACAAGGAAAAGAAAGGAAUAUCAGCCUAGACGAAGGCUACGAAGCAGAGCUCAAUCAUAUGAUCUACAUUCCUGGAAGAUUCAGUGCAAGGAGCUCUUAAAUCUGAUUUUCCAGUGCGAAGACUCCGAACCUUUUCGUCAGCCCGUGGACCUCCUAGAGUACUCUGACUACAGAGAUAUCAUUGACAACCCAAUGGAUUUUGGGACAGUGAGAGAAAAUUUGGAAGCAGACACCUAUGAAUCCCCAAUGGAUUUGUGCAAAGAUGUGAGGCUCAUUUUCAGCAACUCAAAGGCUUACACGCCAAGCAAGCGAUCUAAGAUUUACAGCAUGAGUUUGCGUCUGUCUGCCUUUUUUGAGGAACGGGCAAGCACCGUUUUAUCGGACUAUCAGUCUGCUCUGCGUUUCCACAAACGUAACAUCAUAACCAGGUGUCGUAAGAAAAGGAAUCGAGAUAGCUCUUCUAGCAGUAGCCCUGCUUCCAGUCCGGAGAGGAAGAGACGGUACGUAAGGCACCAUGCAAAGCAAGAGGUUAGUGCUGUGUCUGAUGGAUCAACGUCGCUUCGGUCAGGAGCUCAUAAAGCGUCAGCCAUCCAGGUUAACGGAAAAGCCACAGAAACCAGUCCUAUGGCUCGUACCAGGAGUUACAGGCGUCAGAUGGACCCAGUUGUUGCUGAGCAGCCAUCAACAUCUUCUACAGUUAAACCACUGCCUGCCAAGCCCCAUACUCCUACAGUUGUGGGGAAAUCGGCUAUGAUAGAAAACACUGGGAGAAACGCCAAAUGUCAAACUGCAACAUUUAGCCCCGGCCAACAAAGCACAAGCCAACAAACCAAUAACAACAUGUCCAAAGAAAACUUGGAGAAAGAUAAACCAAUGAAGCGUCGGAUGAGGUCAGCCGUUUACCCAAGUCAAGGAGAGGAGAAAGGACAUGCAAUGUCAGCAGAAAGCCCUCAAGUAAACGGACAUGGAAAACAGCCUCUCAAACCAGUUAUGAAAGGUCGCCCUGGCCGGAAGCCUAAGGUUAUCCUUAACAACGGCAACAACAUGGACACUAAUAUAGUAGUACCUAUGUUACCCAAGAAAAGAGGGCGAAAACCCAAAUAUCCCAAAAAUGAGGCGCAACAGAGUGUUCCACUAAACACCCCUGAGAACUCUGUGGAAACCAAGAGAAAAGUUGAAGAACAACCUACUUCCACAUGCAGCUCGGAGCCAAAUGCUAAGACUGUGGUAGAGGUACCAAAAAAACGAAGAGGUAGGAAACCAAAAGUAAAAAUCGAGCAAUCUGAAGCCACUCCGUCACUGCCUCCACCUGCUGAAGAAGAAGAAGCUGUAAAUAAUACCAGCGAAAAAAUACUAACAAGAAGCAGAUGUAGAAAGUCUGAAGUGGUGGAGGAAACGCCAGAUGAAGGAGUUAACCAUUCUGAGUCCCAAAUAAGGACUAGAAAUCAGGGGAGGAGGACUGCAUUUUACAACGAAGACGACUCUGAGGAGGAACAGAGGCAGCUUCUGUUUGAGGACACCUCUUUGACUUUUGGAACUUCCAGUAGGGGAAGGGUACGAAAACUGACUGAGAAAGCAAAAGCAAACUUGAUCGGCUGGUAAAUACCGCGAGCUUUGCUAACUCCUUCAAGGCAGCUCUACUAAAAACUUUAGUAGAGAACCAUCUGCUUUUGUGCUGCUAAAUGGAUAUUCUUCCUUGGUGGGGUUGGAGAGGAAACUUCUUCAUUUCUUUUUCAUUACCUUAAAUAGGUGAUAUUUAUUGCCUAUUAACUAGGUGAAUACAUUUCAAAAUUCAAAGCUUCACAUGCACACAGGUUCUGCAAUACGUAGGACUUGGGAUCUUAAUGCUUUCUAGGGCUUUGAAAUGGAAUUGUGUAAUUGUGAGAAAUGAGGGUACAUGGAAACUCGUGCUGAAAAGACAUCAUCGGGAAUCCUUUGACAUUGGUAACCGACUGGAAAUGAUAAAAACAAAGCAAAA